AAAAUAACAAAUGAAACACCCGCCCCCGGAGACCAAGACCGAGACCAUUGCUUGGCGCCAAAAAACGUGAGGGAACAGCGAGCUCGCGUGACAGGAGUCGAAGAGGAGCCACAGACACGCACGUCGACACCUGAACCAUCCGGCCAUCAUGUGGAGUGACGCAGGAGGUGGAGGCUUCAACACCAGCUUUGGGGGUGAUGAUGGGGCAGGCUACGGCACCCAGCAGUUUUCCUCUCCCGGCCCUGAUGCUAAGAGGUCCCAGAGCCGAAGGAUUGAGAGGGUCGUGCCGCUCACCAUCCGCAGCGUCUUGGAAUUGGAUGAAAACAACCCGGACUACCAUGGCUUCCCGGUAAGCAUGGUGAUGGUGAUGGGCUUGAUCCGGGAGGUGGAGGUCUCCAGCACCAAGGUCAGCUACACCCUAGAUGACACCACAGGCACCAUCAAGGCUGUCAAGUGGCUGGAGACAGAUGCGGAAGAGGAAACGCUGAUGGAAAACACUUACUGCUCUGUGUACGGGACCUGCAAGAGCCAACAGGGCAACAAGCAGCUCCUUGCCAUCCACCUCGAACCAGUCACUGACUUCAACUUUGUCACCGCACACAUUAUUGAAGUGAUGCACGCUGUCAUGGGGCUUCAAAAGAUUCAAAGUGCGGCCAACAGCAAUGGCAUUAGUAAGGGUGGUGAUGAUGCCAUGGUCGGCGACACGGGCAUUGGAGGGACCAGCACUGUAAUGUCCAACUCCCUUGUGGGCUUCGGCGGCAUGAAUGCCAACAGCUCAGCCAUGAACACCGGCGGUGGGUCACUGACGAAACCACAGAGGAUGGUCUUUGAGGUCAUCCAGACAAACUCAUCAGAGAAUGACGACUCAGGCUGCGCCAGGAACAUCAUCAAGGCACAGCUCAAGGGCAAGGUGAUGCCCCAGCAAGUGGACGAAUGUCUUUUCUAUCUGAGCAAUGAAGGACAUAUCUACACCACCUUGGACGAGGACCACUUCAAGGCCACUGAUGCCUAGGCCGCACCACCACAAGAGGGAGCAGCACAGCAUCCAGGGUGCUGCAUCUCCUCCUUGGUUCCAGUGAGUCGCCUCUCCUCCCCAGCUGCCUUAUAAGUGAAGGUUGGCAAGCAUAAUUUGUAGCAUCUGUGGAAGUAUUAAUUACUCCUGCAUUCCUAACCACAGAUGAGUGUAUUCCUUAGAGGUAGCAAAACAAUACAUAUAUGAUUCUUUAACAUUCUGUAUCAGAAGUUAUUGACAUACAUAGUUCACUGCUGUGUUUUGCUCCAGAUUUUUUUUAUUAAGUAAUGAAUUCUUUUAGUUGUAGGAUGUUCUUUUGUAUUUCAUUUGAAGAAGAAAAUUUUUGAAUUUUUAAAUUUUAUUACAAAGGAUUAUGGUAACUUCUAUAGAAAUCACCUGUUACCCUGUAGAAGCUUAUCAUAAAAAUAGGAGCAGCCUUAAGCAUUAAAUAUGAUACUCGAACAUCUAAAAAAAAAAAAAAAAAAAAAAAAAAAUUAAAAAUAAAAA